GGUAAAGUGAACAGAAGAUGAUAAGCAGAAAGAAUGGCAACGGCUCCCUCAACCAAUUAUUAGGAACAAAAUAACGUUCAUAGCCCGUUGUUCUUUUAGGAUGUCAGUGGCAACCACAAGAUGUUAGACUCAGAAGAAGGCGUUUCGUCGGUGGAUAACCUGUUUUAUGACGGGCCAGUAAUUCAUAAAGUGAAACCAUUAUGUCAGGGACAGGGCACCUGGACAUUUGAUGCUCCACCCUCAUUAUCACAAAUACCUGCAACACAAGACAUCCAGGGAGAGGCAGCACACCUUUUCUCAAGUAGUUGCUCUCAGAUAUCAAAGAAAUUUCUGCCUCCAGCACAACCUACUCACAAUCCCAUCGCAAGUGUCCAGCGGCAGACUGUGAAAUCACAUGAGCUGGAGGAAUCUGUUUUGUGGACCCAUGAACCUUUUAGAGAAAGAGAUCAAGCUGUCGACCGGGCGGGUUUUGUGGAAGCAAGGCCUUUACCUACUGCCAGUGCUCCUCCCUUCAAGACUCGGUUGUUCAGAGCUCCCACUAGAAGGAUCUCAGGGAAUGAUGAGGACGGUAUCCCAAAUCAGAUGAUGUCAGCAACAAAUCACACAGGUUUCCUUGGUCCAGUUGCCAUGACAACCACCGGUCCGCAGACUACACAUGUUGUUGCUACCUGUAGUCCCUUUAUUGACUUGGGCCAAACAGAACAACCAUGCGAUGUACCUUCACAAACAAACCAUAAUCUCCAUUUUGGUUUCAGACCUGCAGAAUUUGAAGGGUCAUCUGAAAAAGGAACACUACGUCCAGUCUCUGAAAUUCCUGCUAAAUUCAGAAGUGUGUUUAAAGAAUUCCCUUACUUCAACUAUGUGCAGUCCUGUGCACUGGAUGAUGUUCUGUACACAAAUAAAAAUUUUGUUGCCUGUGCUCCCACGGGCUCUGGGAAGACUGUGCUCUUUGAGCUGGCCAUUGUUCGACUACUGAUUGAGGCUUCAGACGCCUGGCACAAUGUCAGAGCUGUGUACAUGGCACCGAUUAAGGCUCUUUGCAGUCAGCGUUUUGAAAACUGGAAACAGAAGUUUGGACCCCUUGGACUAAAUUGCAAAGAGUUAACUGGAGACACUGAGAUUGAUGACAUUUUUGAAAUCCAGGAUGCUCAUCUGAUUUUUACAACUCCUGAAAAAUGGGACAGCAUGACAAGGAGGUGGAAGGAUAACUGUUUAUUGCCAUCUGUUAGUCUCUUCCUCAUUGAUGAGAUACAUGUGGUCAAAGACAAAACCCGUGGAGCCACUCUUGAAGUUGUGGUCAGCAGAAUGAAAACCAUGCACUCGUAUCAACUGGCUGUAAAUCCAGAAUCAAAGGCAUCAACGAGAUUUGUGGCUGUCUCAGCUACCAUCCCAAACAUCCGGGACAUAUCUGAAUGGCUUUCGGAUGAGUCAGGGCCUGCCACUUGUUUGGAGAUGGAUGAGUCUUACAGGCCUGUGAAACUGAGGAAAGUGGUGCUUGGGUUCCCCUGUGGAGGUAAUCAGAAUGAAUUCAAGUUUGAUCUUUCUCUCAACUACAAAAUGGCCAACAUUAUUCAGACCUACUCAGAUCAAAAACCAACCCUUGUGUUUUGCUCCACAAGAAAAGGAGUUCAACAGUCUGCUUCUGUUCUUGCCAAGGAUGCCAGAUUCAUUAUGAGCCUUAACCAUAAACAAAGACUGAUGAAAUAUGCAAACUCUCUGCUUGAUGCAAAGCUCAGAGAUCUAUUUAUUUGUGGCAUUGGAUAUCAUCAUGCUGGCAUGGAUGUGUCAGACAGGAAAUUGAUUGAAGAAGCAUUUACUGUGGGUGACUUGCCAGUGUUAUUUACAACCAGCACCCUUGCUAUGGGUGUGAAUCUGCCAGCCCACCUUGUGGUAAUCAAAUCUACAUUGCACUAUGUUGGUGGUGCAUGUGAAGAAUACAGUGAAGCUGACCUUUUACAGAUGAUUGGGAGAGCUGGCAGACCUCAGUUUGAUACAACAGCAACGGCAGUGAUCAUGACCCGAUCUCAGACAAAGGACAAAUACACACAUUUCUUGAGUGGCAUAGACAGCAUAGAGAGCAGCUUGCAUACAAACUUGGUGGAGCACUUGAAUGCAGAGAUAGUUCUCCAUACCAUAUCUGACGUGAACAUGGCUCUAGACUGGAUCCGCUCCACCUUCCUGUACAUCCGUGCUUUGAAAAACCCCAAACACUAUGGUUUUUCUCCUGAGCUUGACAAAUGUGGAAUUGAGACUAAAUUACAAGAGCUGUGCUUGAAGAACCUCAACUCUUUGGCCUCUUUCAACCUGAUUACCAUGGAUGAAGACAUUAACAUCAAGCCCACAGAGACUGGAAAACUCAUGGCCAGGUACUGUGUUGCUUUUGACACUGUGAAGCAGUUCAGUAUGGUGACCGGAACAGAGAUGUUACCUGAGCUGAUUGAAAUGAUAUCGAAGGGGAAAGAAUUCAGUGACGUGCAGUUGAGAGUAAAUGAAAAGAAAACCUUGAACAUGUUGAACAAGGAUAAGAACAGAACCACCAUCAGGUUUCCUAUGGAAGGAAAGAUCAAAAGUAAUGACAUGAAAGUAAAUUGUCUGAUUCAAGCUCAGCUCGGCUGCAUCCCCAUUCAGGAGUUUGGACUCAUACAGGACACUGGAAAAAUAUUCAGGAAUGGAAAUAGAGUCAGCAGAUAUCUGACAGAGUUUCUCAGUCAUCACUCCAAAUCGAAUUUCUCAGCUCGACUCAACUCUUUAAUUCUGGCCAAAUGUUUUCGAGCUAAACUGUGGGAGAACUCGCCUUACAUCUCCAGACAGGUUGAGAGGAUAGGAUUAACACUUGCCACUGCUAUGGUGAAUGCAGGGCUUACAACAUUCAGCAAAAUUGAGCAGACCAGUCCUAGAGAACUAGAGCUAAUUGUGAACCGACACCCACCAUUUGGGAACCAGAUUAAGGAAGCUGUCAGCAAACUUCCAAAAUAUGAAGUUACUUUGGAACAGAUUCCACGAUACAGUCUCUCCACAGCUGAGAUUUCUGUCACAGUGAACUUGAUGAAUUUCAAGGAGUUGGCAUCGAAACAGACAGCACCAGACCACCAUUAUGUUACUCUCAUUAUUGGAGACUGUGACAAUAAUGUAGUUUUCCAGCAGAAAAUCCUGAACAUGUUGCUCUCGAAAUCUGGGAGCUUUUCGAAGAGAAUCGAGGUGACAAGAGCACCUAAGGGAGAGGAGCUAAGCAUUCAUUUGAUCAGCUCUGAAUACGUGGGACUGGACGUUCAGCAGAAGUACAGAGUCUGCUACUCAGGAGUGAAGAGGUGAGCUGAGUCCUGCAUUAGAGAGAACCCUACAUGGAGAGUGCAGAGGAUUCACAACACGGAGAAGCCACAAGGCACUACACUGACAACUCCAGCUCCUUCAAACAGAGAUCCAGUGGCUCUGAAUAUAGUUAAGAGACAGUGCCAUCAUGUUUGCAAAAACAAGGAGCUCUGUGGACAUGACUGCUGCAAAAUUGGAGUGAUGAAAAGGUUUGUAAGUCAGUCAAAUUUCACCUCGUACCUCGACAAUCUAAAAAUGAGGAAUGAGAGACUCUGUGAGACUCCUGUGAAACGUUUAAAGAUGAGGAUGAAUAAUGGGACAGCAGCUGUAAGCAUGCAGCAGUUCUCAUACAAACCCAAAGACACACUUCCUGCUGCCAAGAAGUUUGAGGGAGGUCAGUGUUACACUCAGAGUACAUAUGAAAUCAAGGAGCAAGAGGCCAGUUUUGACACUCAGCGUGAGAAUUCAUCAUUUGAGUCAUACCAUGAUGGUUAUAAUGAUGAGCUGGGAGACGUUUAUUCUGAAAUUGGAGACCCAGAACAUUUUCAACCUUUGGCUAUACCUCAAAGGGUUUUGAUUCACAGUCAGCUCAAGUCAUGCAACGAGGGACAGAUGAACAGAAUAAGUGCUAAUAAAGCCAGUGUUUAUACAGCCCAUGCAAACCCAGAGCACAGUGCUGACUCUGAUCACCUCUGGUCUGGUUCUCUUGAUGUGACCUUUGACCUGGGAGAAAAUGAUUGGGAUGAUUGGGAUGAUUUUGAUGAUGGUAACCUGGUUGAAGCUAGUGAGGUGUGCUGUGAUUCCGAACUAUGCAACCUGAUGACAGACCAUGGUCAACCUUCAAAUGCUGGAGGUUUGGCUUCAGCCUCACAAUGUACAGACCAAACCAUACAAGGAACUGCAAGUCCUGUCUUGCCACAAAGGAUCCAACCAAUGGCUGUUACCUCUCAAACUGCAGUGUGCUCAGAAAUUAGUAUGAAGUCCCUUUCAAACCAGAGUCAAGCCAAAACACAUUCAGUCCAAAGAAGAUUUGAUUUUAUCACAUGGACAGAUGCAGCUUUGAAGGAAAACACACCUGUUAGCAGGGAUCACACGAAGGACAUCUGCAAUGAGACCAGUGUUUUUCUGGGGAUGUUCGAUGGCCUUUUUUAGAGUUUCUCUAAAGGAUUCCUGACACAUUUAACACUACGUUGUGUAAGGACGUUCUUGGUUUAACACUGAAUGUGGAUGACAUGUUGACAAAGAGCUUUCUGUCAAUUUUGAAAAGGCUGAAUUAUAUGUUGAGAUGUAAUAUUUUAGAAAUAUUGGAAAAUUGCUCUGUAAAUAUCACAUGAAAUGAGAUUUUUAAGACUGCCAAAAUUGUCAGGAAUGAAUGAUAAAAGUUUUUGUCUCUUUUUUUUUUUUUUACCCCACAGUGUUCUUUUAGCCGUUGGGUUAGGGUUAGUAGUUUUAAUUAGCUUUAUAUAAAAAUACAAGUCUAUGAUAUGAUAUUUACGUAGCUGUAAUACACUUUAAGAUGUUUACUUCUGUCUUAAAAAUAUAUCAA